AUGAAACGAUACCAACUCAUAGGGAGGAAGAAAGCUUUGAGUAAAAGAGCUACUCCAGAUUAUGGUAAAUACCAUCUUCAUUCCUUACCCUAUGAGAUCCUAUGUCAAAUAUUUUCAAAUUUAUCGAACGAUUUACCCCAGUUGGUCAGAACCUCCAUGAUUUGUGUGAAAUUCAAUAAUAUUAUCAAUAAGAACUUUCUUUAUAAACUGAUUAAAUUCACUACCAUUGAUAAGUUCAUGAAGUUUAGUGAAGUCCAUAUACCUCGAAGAUUUGGUUCAAUAGAUACCUCAACACAAGUCAAUUAUAUUCAAUGCAUGGAGAUCAAGAACCCUCCUUCAAAGAGUUCUAAGAAUCAUGAAACUAAAAUUGCUGGCAGUUAUAAGUUAAGUGAUGAUAACACACAACAGGUGGUAUUUAACGAUUUCAUCAAGAACUUUAAAACAGUCAUUCAGAAUGAUUAUAAUCUUAAGAUCUUGGUGAUAUCAGAAAUCUCACCACAAUUUGAAUUCGAUAGUCUAAGUUUCUUCAAACGUAAGAGCAACAGAAGAAGUUUAGGGAAAUUGGUACUUAAGGCACAAACUGGAUGGUCAAUAUUGUUUAAAGUCAAUCACUUAUCGGCAAUUCUAGAAGUAUUUAAUGAUAUUCAUGAAGUAGAAUUAUGUAAUUUCAUCAUUGAUGAAACCAAGCUUCAGAAAAUUGGUGAUAUCCCUUCAACCUCUAUUGAUAAGAUCAUUUUCAAUUCAUGUUCUUACAUUAACAGACCAAGCAAGAGAACUUUAUGUAAGAUAUUCCAAUCCACCAGUUCAUUAUCGUUAAUACAGUUGAAGAACAGUAAUGACUUAUCAUUGAUUGAUUUCAUUAAAUUCAACGAAAAUCUUUCAUCCUUAUCGAUAGAUAUGAGUUCUAGGAUCUUCUAUACCGUCAAUGAGGAUGGUAAUAAUGAUCCAUCUUUCAAUUAUAAAUCGUUCAAUCCAUUUUUCAAAUUAAUAUGUCUGUCUAAGAGUUAUAAUUUGAAACAUUUGACACUCGAAAAUUUCGAUUUGAUCCAUGAAUGUAAUCAUCAAUCGCUCCUUGCUAGAAAUAAUCUUCUUGAAUUGUUAGAGAUUGUAUCGCCUUUACCAACCAUGGUAAAGAUUAAGCAAAAAUCACAAACUUGCACAAAAUGUGGAUUCCUGAAAACUGAACAUUUGAAUAAAGAUUGGUCGAGUUUCUUGAAAUCCAUACAUUUCAGAGACUUCACGAUAUCUGAUAGCCAUAGAGUUAUCUAUCACAUUAAACAAUAG